UCAUGCUGCUGCCAGGCCCAAGUCUGUCAUGGGUCCCUGUACGGCCUCCCAUUGCUGCUGUCUCCAUCGCCACACUCUGCCAUGUGCCACUUUCAGGUCUCCUCACACUGCUGGUGGUUUCCAUUUUGUCAUAGGGUGCUGGCAGAUUACGGGCCUCCCAUUGCUGCUGCCAGGCCCGUAAUCUGCCAUGGGCCCCUGUACCGCCUCCUCAUGCUGCUGCCAGGUCCAGAGUGUGUCAUGGGUCCCUGUACGGCCUCCCAUUGCUGCUGUCUCCAUCGCCACACUCUGCCAUGUGCCACUUUCAGGUCUCCUCACACUGCUGGUGGGUUCCAUUUUGUC